GCCUCGAGGUGGCCUCGCGGGUGGAGCUGGGAGGCUGUUGUCAUGGUGGCGCCCGUACUGUACUUAGCGGCGGCGGCUCUCCUUGUCGGCCUUAUUCUCUUCCUGACCCGCCGUCGAGGUCGGGCGGUAGCAGCUGGCCAAGAACCGCUGCACAAUGAGGAAGAGCCAGUCUUGGCUGCCCAGUCUGAGGAGCAGAGAGCUGGCAGGCCCAGGCGCCGGAGGGACCUAGGCACUCGCCUACAGGCCCAGCGUCGAGCCCAGAGGGUGGCCUGGGCAGAAGUGGAUGAAAAUGAGGAAGCAGCUGUUAUUCCAGCCCAGGAGGAAGCAGAUGACGUUGAGAAGCCAGUGGAAACUCACCUGACAGGGAAAAUUGGAGCCAAGAAACUACGAAAGCUGGAGGAGAAACAGGCUCGAAAAGCACAGCGUGAGGCAGAGGAGGCCGAACGAGAGGAACGUAAACGCCUGGAGUCUCAGCGUGAAGCAGAAUGGAAAAAGGAGGAAGAGAGGCUUCGGCUGGAGGAAGCACAGAAGGAAGAGGAGGAAAGAAAGGCCCAGGAGGAGCAGGCCCGGAAGGAGCACGAGGAAUACCUGAAAAUGAAGGAGGCGUUUGUGGUGGAAGAGGAAGGUGUGGGCGAGACAAUGACUGAGGAAGAGUCCCACAGCUUCCUCACAGAAUUCAUCAACUACAUUAAGCAGUCCAAGGUUGUGCUUUUGGAAGAGCUGGCUUCUCAAGUGGGCCUGAGGACUCAGGACACGAUAAACCGCAUCCAGGACCUGCUGGCUGAGGGGACUCUAACAGGUGUGAUUGACGACCGGGGCAAGUUCAUCUACAUAACCCCAGAGGAACUGGCUGCAGUGGCCAAUUUCAUCCGACAGAGGGGCCGGGUGUCCAUCACUGAGCUUGCUCAGGCCAGCAACUCCCUCAUCGCUUGGGGCCGGGACCCAUCUGCCCAGGCCCCAGCUUGACCCCAGCCCUUCCCUCUUGUAAGGUGUUUGUAAGGCUGGUGUGGCCUACAUACAUCAUCAUCUCUCCUUGCCAUACUGGAGCAGGAUGGAAUUUGGUUAGGAAGUUGUGGAUUAAAGGCCUAUAAACCCU